CUUUCGUAGGUGCGCAUACGACAGCAUCUCUGAAGCGCGUCGGUCGUGUGGAGAGUAUGCUGGAUACCCUUAAUUUUUCGGCACCGGGAUAUCCAUUGACUAUUGUACUGGAGCUAGAACGAGAAAGGAAACGCACGUUCACGUUACAAGGGCUUAAUUAUUUAUUGCUCAACAUCGUUCAAUCCUCCACCGCUUUAUACUAGAUUUUUCAUUAUACUGUUUGAUUUUUUAUUUUUUUUUGGUUGUAUUGUCAGACGAAAUUUUUCUCUCAUUCUUAUAUCGUCUCGGUUCCCACUUUGUUACCAAAGGUUUUCCACUCCACUUGGUACAACGAUUGAUUGAAACGGUGGUGUGUAACAGUAUCCAACAGUUGGCAAUUGGUAAAUGAGUAUAUAUGUGCAAAUGAAAGCAAGUAUUCGAUUACAGUGACAGUGUGUAAAUGAUAAUAAAUUGUGGAUUAGACGUAUAUAAAUGGUGAUUGUGCGUGUGUAAAAUAUAAUAAACAGGUCAUGUGGUAAAUGUACUUGCAAAGAAGAGGAGUUUCGAUGUUGUGAACGGAGGAUUUUAAAGAAGAAAUGUAACAGCCCAAACGGAUCCGCGAAACGUGCUGCGGCUUAUAAAUGAAGAAAACAUUGGAUCGGAACGAGGAGCUGGCAAGCGAAUGAGGAGGAGGAGGAAGCGGAGGAAAAGAGGAAGAAGCAGAAGCAGUAGGUAGUAGACUCGGCAUAAGACUGAGAAGAAGAAGCUCUCAAGUCGAACCCGGGGCUAAUAAUAGACGACGUAGGAAUCGAGAUAUUCCCAACUCCAUGCAACGUGUACAAUAUCAGUGUGCCUGCGCGGACGAGGAUUGAAUUUCGCAGGUCUUGGUACACGGGAUUCGAAAAUAGAGCGAGACCGUGAUAAAGCGAACACUGAACUGGAAAACGGACACCAAUAUCGACCGUCGGUGCAAUUGUACCAAAGUGCGAUAGCGAAACGCGAACGUUCCUGACGUCCUCAUUGGGAACCCGAAGUCGGAAGCGGCGUUGCUAGUGCUGUUUGUAACCUGAGAAUAUAGCUUAUGUACGCCAAAGAGCGCCGCGACACCCGAGAGCAAGAGAGCACUAGCAGCACCAACAUCACCAGCAGCAACAGCGCGACUCUGGAGUGACUAAAAAUAUCCGAAUACGCGCGCGACUAGCCCACAUUCAUGUUCCUCGACACUGAACUACUCCUCUCUACCGUCUGUUCAACAUUUUCGACUUACUACACUCGAUACUCCACUGUCUCGUGAAUCAUCAUCUACCGGUCAUCAUCCUCUGCCGGACUGAUUUUACGAUCAUUGUAGUGACACCGGUCACCCUCAGCUGAAGUGAUAAUUGUGCAUCCCACCCUGCAGGUACUUUCCGUUGUACAGUUUUGCCUGCACCUUGUAUGUCCGGCGAGUGUUCGACAUGGUUAUCGUUCUGGGUAAAAUAGUGUUACGGUUCUUGUCGUACCCUCGGAUCACGUCAUGAUACCACCGCGUCCAGUAGCGGGAGGGUUAAACGCGAUAAAAAAUUGCGAAUUACGGUGGGCAGGAACCGAGUGAUCCACACCACGAAGCCAGCGUGUCACAUUAGCUAUCCGAAAUCGAAGGGGGUCCAAAAGAGGGAGACGUGCCCGGAGCCCAAGGAGCAUCGAUAUAAGACCGAUUCAUCAGUGUACAUAAUACGAAAGACAAAGUACGGGUGGUGGUGAGUAAAGGAUGAUCGGUGAUAAGUGGACUCGAUGAUGAAGUGAAGGAGCGAUUCGAGUCGUCGAAGAACCUCACGACGAACAGCCGAAAUCGCGCGCGGUGUGAAAAAGUGCCGAUCCUCAGUGCGUUGAGUGUGAACGGGACCAGGUGGGAGAGUGAAAAAUAUUCGCAGUACAUUCACGGUGGAGGUCGGAUCCAGCGGAGUUGCAAGGGGCGGAAUUGGCCCCGGCGAUGAGGUGAUGCUUGGGUACGGGGGCGCGGGGGCGAGCUCCGGGGUUCAACAAGCCAUGGGCCCCGGUGGUAGCGACUUGCUGGGUCCGGCUGGGGACUACAGCCCCCAGGGGACCCCGACGCCCUUAGGUCAUGGGUCGGGGGCCCCCGUGAUAGACGCCCAAACAGCCGCGAGCUACGCGACGACCGCCGGCGGACCGACGACCUACAGCCCUCAGGAUAGCCCGGCAAGUUCGGCCGGCGGCGGCGGAACCAAUGGACAGUUACCCAGCUUUGGGUUCACCCAGGAACAAGUAGCCUGCGUUUGUGAGGCGAUGGUGUCGUCUGUACAGGUUCUCCAGCAAGCCGGGUCCGUCGAACGCCUCGGAAGAUUUUUGUGGUCCCUGCCGGCGUGCGCGAGAUUGCACAGGCACGAGAGCGUCCUGAAGGCGAAGGCGAUCGUCGCCUUCCACCGCGGCAAUUUCAAGGAGUUGUACCGGAUACUCGAGAGCCACACUUUCAGCCCUCACAACCACCCCAAACUCCAGGCGCUCUGGCUGAAGGCCCACUACAUCGAGGCGGAACGACUGCGGGGAAGACCUCUCGGUGCCGUCGGUAAAUACCGCGUUAGACGCAAGUUCCCUUUGCCGAGGACGAUAUGGGACGGCGAGGAGACCUCUUACUGUUUCAAAGAGAAAUCCCGUAGCGUUUUGAGGGAGUGGUACGCGGCGAAUCCUUACCCCUCGCCGAGGGAAAAACGCGAGCUUGCCGAAAGUACAGGACUGACGACGACCCAAGUUAGCAACUGGUUUAAAAACCGAAGACAAAGAGACCGGGCAGCGGAACACAGCGGUCAAAGAGAAGACAAGGGUCACGGCGGAGGACUGGGAGACUCGAGCAGCGAAAGCGGCGACGAUACGAAGAGACAAUCCGUGAGUCAACAACAGCCUUCGGCGUGCGCUGUCCAGCAGCAACAACAGCAACAGCAACAGCAACAGCAGCAAAUGGUUGACCACCAGCACUCCUCGGGUAUUUACCAGCUACCGCCACCCCCAACCAGCGUAGUUUCUAGUCCGCACUCCUACCACCAAGCCCACUCCUCGACGCUCAGCCAUAGCCACACGACGACGCACCACAUGCAGCACCAUGACACGAGCAGCGAAAGCGGCGACGAUAAACGCAACAUCCACCAUCAGCUGCAACACCAUUUACAAGGCGGACACUUGUCCCAUGGCCUCGUUCACCCCACUGCCACCCUGCCACCGCCACCUCCUAGUUGCGCUCAACAGAAGAGCCAGCUCGACUACAUGCAGUACUACAGUCCGCAGGACUACUUGAUCGGGACGCCGACCUCAUCGGACCUGCAAAAGUCGCUGCCCCACACGGCAACCUCGAUGCAGAUGGGAGCGAUAGCCCCAUCGAUGGGGGCCCUGAGUCCGAUGGGCCCGACGACGAUGCUCCCGAACACGAUGCAGGGUGUGAACUCGAUGAACACGAUGUCGAUGAACGGUAUGGGGAUGGGUGCGUACCAGGGAAUGGGCUCGAUGGGAAUGACCUCAACGCACACGGGUUACCACAGCGGACUGGUACUGGGGGACUACCACUCGUUGUGACACUGGGUUCAGGGUAAUCAGGGUAAACGUGAUCAAGAAAAGACGUAAUGGUCGAUUCGCGGCUGGGUCACGCGAGCGUAAAACCAACGGACUGCGUCCAUCCGAGUGUGCUUUACGCAGAGGCUUGGAAAUAUCUACGAAGGGUGCAGGAGACAACCAGCACAGAGUUUGGAGCAAGCGUGUAAGACUCGUACUCCACCUAUGGUUUAUGGUCUAUGGUUAGUUGCGCGUUGUAAAGGUGAGCAAAAUACGUCAACAUCGAUGACGCCUGGCGUCGACCUUUCUCCGUCGCAGGCACCCUGCAGUAUUUUUCACAUCUGCUAUUCACAUCCGAUUAAGAUUGAUACCGUGGAUAAUAAUUUCGGGUGACCGGGUUCCGCUUCUGCCCCGUAAGAAUUCGUAUUAUACGGAGGCGUUGACACGGGGCACGCGGGGAGGACGAAGAAGACCGACACGGUCAAUGUCUCUAGGUAUCGAAAAAGACCGAGGUCUUUACUGACUUGUCUCUGAAGAAUCGAGAAGGCUGCGGGCGCCUUGCCUUUCUCACUCUCUCUCUCUCUCUCUCUCUCUCUCUCUAGCAUUCUUUGAUCGGUCCCGAACCAGGAUAAGGUAUACGGUCCGUAAAAUACGAGCUCCAAAAACAAAAGACGUUUUUCUUCGCAUUACUACGUAUCGCAAUAAUAUAUAUAUAUAAAUAUAUAUAUAUAUAUUUUGUAUAUAUUUCUUCUCUUCUCUCUCUUUCUCUCCCUCUCCCUCUCCCUCUCUCUCUCUCUCUCACCCUCUCUAUUCUAUUCUAUUCUUUUCUCUCCCUGUCUUCUUUUCUUAUCUCUUUGUGCAGAAAUUCUGUCGCGAGUUGCAUAAGAAUCGAACAAGCAAGUACCAAAAAUAAAUACCGUGAAAAGAAAAAGAAUUAUCGAAAAUCGAAUAAUUAAAUGUAUUUUU